AUGUCAGAUCACUCUGGUCCAGUCGUUCGAAAAGUGUUCCUUCUCGAAGCGUUUCUCAACCUCCUCUCCCUUCCACUGAUCACCAACACCCGUACAGUCCUCUCCUAUCUCCUCCGAAACCCCGCGCAAAUCAACCCUUCUUCUAUCUUUUUCGCCAGAUUAUUCGGAGGAGUAAUAAUAGGUGGACUCACCACUGCGCUGUUAUAUGGUGCAGCACAUAUACCCAGUCGAAGAGCCGUCUACUGGACCUUGGGAAUGGGAGAAGUACUUCUCAUACCGAUCCUUGCUAUCGAAUCGACCAAUCCCCAAGGUGCAUUGACUAGGAAGAUCGCACUGGCUAGUAUUGGUUUGUUGGCACCUCCGCUGGCUUGGAGGGUGUACCUACUGUAUAUGAGACCCGAGUGGAUUGGGAGAGAGAGGGUAGGAAAGGAUGAGCGACAACCUCUCAUAAGGGAUGAGCAAUAA